AUGAACACCACCGUCCAAGUCAAUGAGAUGGUGGGGUCAGGGCUGCUCACCAUAGCCAACCAAAGUCUUGGGAAACCCAACGGCAUAGAGGAGAUCUUGGCCCACGGUGGAACCACUAACGGUAGUUUCACCGUCGAGGAAAUCUUCCAACUGCCCACUUUCUCUACAGCGGCCAAAGUCCGCGUGGCCAUCACCGUGGCCCUCUUCCUCUCCUCAGCAUGCUUCAACAGCGCCGUGCUCUGGACCGUCACCCAAAAGUACCAGCGGAGGCCCCACCUCCGUAUCCUCCUCAUGAACUUGGCAGCUGCUGACCUGCUGGUGACUUUUGUGGUGAUGCCGUUGGAUGCAGCCUGGAACAUCACUGUGCAGUGGUACGCCGGGGACCUGGCCUGCCGACUUCUCAUGUUCCUCAAGCUGGUGGCCAUGUACGCCUCAGCCUUCGUCACCGUAGUGAUCAGCCUGGACCGACGGGCGGCCAUUUUGCACCCCCUGAGCGUCGGCGAGGCCAAGAGAAAGAAUAAGGUCAUGUUGUGUGUGGCGUGGGCCUUGAGUCUGGUUCUGGCGUUACCUCAGAUGUUCGUCUUCCACACCGUCAGUCGGUCCGAACCCGUCUACUUCAUCCAAUGUGCCACCGUGGGAAGCUUCCGGGCUCACUGGCAAGAGACCCUCUACAACAUGUUCACGUUUUGUUGCCUCUUCCUCCUCCCCUUGCUGAUCAUGGUGCUCUGCUACUCCCGCAUCUUCAUCGAGAUCUCAGGAAAGAUGAAGAAAGCUUGCGCUUCCCCCAAGUCCCAGGAAGUCCACCUGCGCCGCUCCCACAACAACAUUCCACAGGUGCGCCUGCGCACCCUCAAGAUGUCCGCCGUCAUUGUCUUGACGUUUGUCAUCUGCUGGACACCCUACUACCUGCUCGGCCUGUGGUACUGGUUCUCCCCAGAGAUGUUGACCCAGGAGCAGGUGCCUCCUUCCCUCAGCCACAUCCUCUUCCUUUUCGGCCUUCUCAACACGUGCCUUGACCCCCUCGUCUACGGCUUCUUCGCUAUGCACUUCCAGGCGGAGAGCCGGCGGACCUGCUGCUGCACUCGGAAGAAAAAACAAGCAGAAGGACAUUCCACACUCACCGUCUCCUUCCACCCCUCCAGCACCGGCGCCCUGCCGGUUAGGCAGCCAAGGAAGAACCGGAAACGCAGCGCGGAAUCUCCAGUGGAGGUAGGCAAAAAGCUACGCUUGUACAGGAAGAAGAUCAUGGCCGAAAGCUUCAUCUGA